AUGCAUCACAACACUAAGCAAGGUCUAAUAUUUCUUGCAUUUUUGAUUGCCUGUGGAGGAGGUAUCGCUGCCUUCAUCCUUUUGCGCAAGCCCCAUGACGAAGAUCCACAUUCCGGAAAGCGUGAAAUAGCGGGCAUGAAUCCAAACAAUAUUUAUGCUAGGAGUCUCCCUACAGGCGCUUUGACUAAUAUGUAUGCUGUUCUUGAGAAAAGGGAAUCCCCCCGAGUUCACCCAUCUCAUACCCAUCACAGCACGUCGUCUCAACAUCGAAACAAGCAUCGUUUCUUUACCCCAGAAGCAGAACUUGAUGAUACAGGCAGUCAAAUUGUCACCAUUCCUACUACUUCAGCUACAUCAGCCAGUGCACAACCGUCCUCGAUCUCUAUUACUAGUAGUACUUCGUCUAUCGAUAUCUACUCAUCCUUCGCAGUGGAGCCCUUGAGUACUUUGUUAGCCGCAGCAGGGUUUCAAGACUCCAUUCCUACGUCAUCAAAUCCAAUUACCGAAGUUAGCAUGAUUUCCACAGCUCCAACGAGUUCGCAGCCUUUGGCCACUGCUGGUGGUAGACACAGCCAUCUUCGUAAGUUUCGAGGUUGA